AUGAGCUACAGGGGCGGUGGGGAGCGAAGGCGGGAAGAACGCACCAGAUAUGGCGGCGGUGAUGGUGGAGAACGCCGCGAUUAUUCGGACAGGCGCGGAACAGCGCACCAAGACAGACGAGGGGCUCACCACCAGGCCUCCUACGUGGGAAACAAACGUGGCAGGGAGGACGUGGCUCCCGCAGACCCGAAGCGCGACCUCAUCAGGCUGCUGCUGCGCCUGGGCGAGCCGCAA